AUGACGCGACGAAAGCAACUAGAAACUGGCAUCACCUCCAACUCCAAGGUAGCGGCCGGCUUUCCUGAUGAACUGGCACCCGCAAACCAGCAGCUCGUCCAUUUCUCACAGCAUGAUGACAAUUCUUCUCCGAAUGACAUUCCCCGCUCCGACAAACCAGAAUCAGCCUCUGGUAACAAAGCCGAGAAGGAAGGGGACAACAAUGAGAUCAACCAACUCGGUCUCAGCAACAGCGAACGCAUAGUUGGGGGGAAUAAUAAUACCACCCAGUUCGGGUUUGACAACCAGAGUACUACAAUUGGGAGGGGCAACCGCACCCGCCAAUUCCAAACAAGGGAUAGGCGUGAGAUUAUGCAGUUAUAUCUUUCCUUACUUGGAAAUGAUAAGCCUUAG